UCUCUUCUCAUUCCUCCCAACCCUCCCCUUGGUAUUCUGAUGCUUGUUCGAGCUGAACUGGUAAAUUCUCUGCCGUCCUUCUUGGCCAAUCCUGUGGCCGCUUCACCACCGCUCUCCGCUGCCUCCUUUUCGUGCUGGAUCUUGAGAACUUGAGCUCACCUUAUUGGGACAGAGAACCCAUGGCAUUGUUGUCGUUGCCAUGGAGGAGGGGCAACAGAGCCAAAACUCGUCCUUUUUCGUAAUCCUCGAGCAAUGGUAACACAAAAGGCACAGAACAGACUCACUAUCUCUUACAAGAACACCAAAAACGAAGGAUGCAUGCCAAAGGGUACUCGAUUUCUCCCUCUCUACAAUCCAAAUUCCUUGUAUUGGUGUUCCUUCUCCUUCCAGGAUAAUGUCUCUUUGGAAGCUUCUCUUCCAGGGAAUCUUCCCCUCUUCUCGCGUAAAGGUUGCUCCUUUCCCUCGAUCUCAUCGUUUUUACUCUAUCAGUAGAAAUUUGAGGGGGUUAGGACAAGGCUUUGGGGGAGUUAGAUUGGGGUUCAGACGCUUCUAAUCCUUCGCAUCGUUGGCCAGGAGCAGAGGAGCUCAAUCACCGGACGGAAAGGAUAUCUCUCUGCUCCUCCAAUUAUUACGAGGCGAUGGCAGAAUUGUCUUCUCAUGCCCUCUCGGCAACCCGUUAUCCUCUCUCGCGCCGUAGUUCCUCUCUCAUCUUCUUGUGGUCGGUUUAAGAUUUGGCUUCGACAUGGCGUCGAUCUCGGCAGCGUGGAUCCUCCCGAACCCUUGGAGCUCGCCCAUCCCGAGAGCCCCCGAUCGCCUUACGCAUCACUUCAAGGGGUGCGGGAAGUCGAGGAUUGGGGGAGGAUUCAUCGGGGAAGCAGAUGGGAUCCCCGACGCAGAGGUCUCCAGCUCUCUUGAAGCAAAUAGAUCAAUAGUUACAAAAGGAACUUUUGAAAGAAGAAAACUACUUUUGGUCUCCUCUAUUGGGUUCACCACUGGUGCUUUCCAAAAUGCUCUAGAUAAUGGAGUGGCAGUAGCAGCAGAAUUUGCUGAUAUGCCAGCACUCCGUGGAAAGGAUUAUGGAAAGACAAAAAUGCGCUAUCCAGAUUAUAAUGAGACACAAUCCGGUCUUCAAUACAAGGAUUUGCGAGUUGGUGAUGGUCCCACACCGAAAACUGGGGACACAGUGGUGGUUGACUGGGAUGGUUAUACGAUAGGAUACUAUGGUCGCAUCUUUGAAGCUCGAAAUAAGACAAAGGGUGGUUCAUUUGAGGGAGAUGAUAAAGAUUUUUUCAAGUUCAAGGUUGGUUCAAGACAGGUUAUACCAGCUUUUGAGGAAGCCAUUGUCGGCAUGGCAGAGGGAGGUAUCAGGAGGAUAAUAGUGCCUCCGGAUUUGGGAUAUCCAGAUAGUGACUUCAACAAACUUGGUCCCAGACCAACGACUUUUUCGGGCCAAAGAGCUCUUGAUUUUGUCCUGAGGAACCAGGGCUUGAUCGACAAAACUCUACUGUUCGAUAUAGAGCUUCUUAAAAUCGUCAGGAACUAAGAUUUAUCGGGAAAACAAACACAGAUGACUUCCUUGCCAAAGGGGCAAUCAUGAUGAACAGAUAUUAAAAGGAUUGAAUCUUCCUUUUUCUGCCAGUCAACGGCAAGGCAAGUUUCUUCUGCCAAAAUGCAGCAAAAUGUGGAUUACAUUUCGUCCAUUAACUUCUCCUUUUCUAUUUCACUCGACAGAUUACACAUUGUUCUGGAGUUUGACCUCUAUUGUUGCUAAAUAUCAACAACUGUAUCAAUAUAUUGCACUGUGAUUUGUGGA